AGAAAGCGUUCAAUGAAGUUCCUGCUCUUUGCAAUACUUCCAUUGGCAGAAGCCUGGCUGUACUCAAACAGCAGUAUGCGAGUCUUCAGAAGCAAGGACCAAUCUACUGGUCGCCUUCAUCGCAACCUUUCUAAUACAGCACAUUUUGGACCUUGCGAAAGUGGAUGGACUUAUUUCGAUGAAACGGAUGCUUGCUAUAAGAACUUUUUUUGGGAAACUUUUCUCGACGCCGAAAACAUAUGUAAGACUUUCAAAGGACAUUUAACUUCGAUUCACAGCUUUGAAGAGAACUCUUUUGUAGCUGAGCUGGCAAAGUCUGGAUUUCCAAUCAGUGAUUACCCACAAGCAACUUGGAUAGGUCUGGCACGAGCUGAUUAUCUGAACAGUAACUGGACAGCUAAGUGGAUAUGGACUGAUGGCACGAAAGUUGACUUUCUAGCAUGGUCUCCAAUAGAUCCGGAUAAUGCGGACGAUCAAGAACGCUGUGUGCUGGUAUAA